CAAUCGGAACAGACGGAACCAGGAAGGAAGUGUCACCCAUUCUGGACUGUUGUUGCAAUAACCAUCAUGAGAAUAACUUCCUUAUAGCUCGGUGCAUGUGUUUCCUCUUACAAAUGCUCUUUUGCUAAAUCCGAGAGGCGAUACACAGAGUGAAGAUUUAAAGAUGGGGUACAUGACAGUCGAGGAGCACAGCAUCACUCUGCUCCACCUGAAGAGAUCCCCAGGCAUUCGUUCCUGGUCUCUCCUUGUGGGUGUAGCAUCUGUUGGUUUGGCAGCCGCGUACUACAGCUCAGACAGCAUCCUGUGGAAACUUUUCUACGUGACUGGCUGUCUCUUUGUAGCCAUGCAGAACAUGGAGGAAUGGGAGGAGGCUGUGUUUGACAAAACCAAGAACCGGAUUGAGCUCAAGAGCUUCAGCUUGUACGCUUUGGUCCUGACAUUAUGGAGGAAGGGCCAAGAGAGAAUUGUGUUGGAUCUUACGCAGCUGUGUGACGUCUGUGUCCAGGAAGAAAAAGUACGUUAUUUAGGGAAGGGCUACCUGCUGAUGCUGCGUCUGGCUGCAGGCUUCUCCUACCCCCUGACUCAGAGUGCCACACUGGGGGGACGCAGUGAUGUGGAGGCAGUGGCGUCUUUGCUGAAACGCUUCCUGGGACUGGAGGAGCUGCAGCAGCGCAGGCGGCAGGAAGAAGACGCAGAGUUUGGAGAGGGGGAGGAGGGAGAGGAGGAAGAUUCUUUGGACAACAGCAGUGAUUCAGAUGAUGAAGAAGAAGAAGAUGAUCUCUAAUCACACUGUGACUUGCAACCUAGCUGUAACUUUGGGUGGAUGGAAUGAAGGGCGUCAUGGAAUUUCUGAGGCAUUACCAGUCAGUGCAGUUUUGGUUACAUGUUGACCUAUUAGCAUGUGCAUGGAACAUCAAGGAUAUAUCCUCUUUAAGUGUCUCCUUAAAGACUUCCUUGUUUUUUGUUAAUAUUUCAGGAGGUGUUAUGGAGGCCCAGUGAUACUCGUAAAACAUUUUUUAAACUGAAUUCACUGUGAACUGGGAUGGGAAAAUGUUCAGAUAAAGAAAAAAAAAAGUUCCCUAGUUAAGUCAGAGUUUUCUUAAACAAUUCCAGGAAAUACGGAACGAGACUUUUUCCCUUUUUUUUUGCACUGUAAAUGCAGCUCUCUGUAAAUGAGUAUCAUGCCUUCUUGAGUUAAUCACUAUGUGAGAAUACACACCAGAUGACUUCCUGUGCCUUCCUACUGAACUCUAAUAAGUGUUUAUGUGCGUCAGUCAAUGGAAAGUACUUUUCCCACAAUCUUCUGAACCACCCAGUUGAUAAUCACCUUUUGCAUGUUUAUUCAUCCUCAGUGUGCAAUCCAGACGAAUGCAUUUGCAAGCUGUAAUGAAGCAUGAUGGAUCUUCAUGGCAGUUAAGAGUCAAUUGUGUGUGAAAUGUUUUGGUCUGUCUUUUAACAUCAAUACCCUUUUAGUGAACCAAAGACUGGAUCUCAGGCAAAUACUUGACUUUUGAUCAACACAUUGUUUUCUGUGUAUAGAAUCGGGGCUCUGAAUGUCAGUGUUCUGUUCUGUUCGAAAAGAAAAUGACAUGUUUUUUUUGUUUUAUUGAUUUUUAUUGUUUUUGUUUACAGUCAGACAUUUGCAGGAAUUAUAUAAAGUUGAUUUAUAUAUAAACU